AGCCGUGCUUCUUAGGUUUGUGUGACUGAAGACUCUGAGCUCUGCUCAAACCAUAACCAAACAUCAUUACUUGCUAAUUUUGUCUCCCACCAAACUCAUUCUGUUCAUAACAAGUCUUGGGUUUCUGAAAGUUUGGAUCUUUGUUUUUCAUUUUGUUGGGAUUUCAUUUUAGUUGUCGGGUUUUAAUAUGGAGCCUGAUUCGGGUUUGGAUGUGAAGAAGGAGAGGGUUUUCAGGGCAGAGAUCGAUACUUCAGCUCCUUUUGAAUCGGUGAGGGAGGCAGUGAGUCGAUUUGGUGGAAUCGGUUACUGGAAACCCGCUCAGACUAAGCCUUCCGGGCCUGAGCAUGACAUGGAAGAGGUUGGCACUGCGAAACUGGAGGAGCAGGCUUUACAGUUGGAGAAGGAUCUCACUUUGAAAGAAAAGGAAACUCUGGAUGUUCUAAUAGAACUUGAACAAACUAAAAAGGUUAUUGAUGAGUUAAAAAAGAAGCUACAGAAAGAAGCAUCUGAAGUGAAUAUGGCCCUUGAGACAAAUAGAGGUAAGGAAUACAUGACUCCAGUGGAAAAUGAAGACGAUAAGGAAAACCAUGGGAAUGAGGGUGGUCGCUGUAAUUCAAUGGAAGGUGUGACUCCAUGCUCUUCUUCAGCUCCAGGUUUAAUCUUAAUGGAAUUGAAACAGGCUAAGUUGAACCUUACCAGGACUACAACUGAUCUUGCUGACAUUCGAGCUUCUGUUGAAUCAUUCAACAAGAAAUUAGAGAAAGAAAGAAUCAUGCUUGAGAAAACCCGUGUGAGGUUAACAUCAAAUUCUUUGAAAGUAUUAUCUCUUGAAGAAGAGCUAAAGAAAACAAAACUAAAGCUGCAGUUGGCAAAGGAUGCUGAAACUAAAGGUGGUCCUGAUAAUUCUUUAGAUAUUUCAAAGGAGCUUCACCGAUUGAGUUCUGAGACAGAGCAGUUCAAAAGAAUGGCAGAAGCUGCAAAGUCAGAGGUCGUGAGAGCAACAUCUGAGAUUGAACAGACAAGAACUAAGAUAAAAACAGCUGAAAUCAGGUUGGUUGCUGCCAGAAAAAUGAAAGAGGCAGCAAGAGCGGUAGAAGCUGUUGCUCUUGCAGAGAUUAAGGCUCUAUCAUACCACGAGAGUUCAUCUGGAGAUUCAUUGCAGAAGCAUGACAGAGUGACUCUUUCAUUUGAGGAAUACUCAUCUCUAACUCGCAAAGUUCGAGAUGCAGAGGAACUUUCUAAGAACAGGGUAACAGAUGCCAUGCUUCAUCUUGAUGAAGCAAACGUAUCAAAAACAGAAAUCCUGAAAAAGGUAGAGGAAGCAACUGAAGAAGUCAAAACCACUAAAAAGGCAUUGGAAGAAGCUCUGAACAGAGUGGAGACUGCAAAUAAGGGGAAACUAGCAGUUGAAGAAGCUCUUCGCAAAUGGAGAUCCCAGCAUGGUCAUAAAAGACGUUCGGUACACAACUCUACCAAGUUCAAAAAUCCACACCCAUCUAAUCAUGGGAGAGAUCUGCAAUUACGUGACGUAAAUGGUCUGAAUCUUGUUACUGAUGGGCCAAUACCCGUUCUGAAGCCAACCUUAUCAAUAGGACAGAUACUAAGCAGGAAGCUGCUUUUGCCAGAAGAGGUUGAAAUGGAGGUGGCCGGGAAAAGCCCUGUAAGGCAAAAGAUGUCACUGGGGCAAAUGCUCCAGAAACAAAAUGGCGAUCAACCCUUUUCUAGGAGGUCUGAGAGGGAAAGCAAUGUCAGGAAUUCUUCUGCUAAGAGAAAGAAGUCUGGAUUUGCUCGAUUCUCACUACUUUUGACAAAGCAAAGCAGGAAAAAGAAGAAGCCAACUCCAAACUUGAAGUGAUUCAGCUUUGUCAAUCAGCUGACCUCAAUCAAGAACUGACUUUAGUUGUGUGUGUGCGCGCGUAUGUUUUUCCUCUCCUCCGUCUCCGAUUGUUCUUGCUUAAGAAUUGAUUUGUUUCGUUUAGAUGGGAGUUGUUCCCAGACUUCUGGUUUUACUUAUUAUCUAUAUAGCCUUUAUGUAUUGGUUGUUAAAAUGUUUGUAAAAGACGCGUAUCUAUCUAAUGCUAAAACUCUUCUCUAGAGCGAUGUUUAAUCUC